AUGAGACAAAGAAACGGAGACACUAUUGAACAAAUGAUUGGCAACACUGGCCUUAUUGAAUUGAAAAAAAUCAAUCCUUAUCGUGAAAAGGGAAUCAAGAUUUAUGUCAAAGCCGAAUACAUGAACCCUACUGGAUCUAUCAAAGAUAGAAUCGCUAAAUAUAUUUUCGAUACAGCUGAAUCUGAAGGUAAACUUAGAAAAGGAAUGACUGUAGUUGCUGCCUCUUCUGGUAACACUGCUUGUUCAGUAGCCUUUAUUGCUGCUUAAAGAGGAUACAAAUGCAAGGUUAUUACUAAUACUAAAUGUAGUAAGGAGAAAUAAGAUGCUCCUAAAGCCUUUGGAGCUGAAGUUAUUGUUGGACCUUCAAACGUUUCUGCUGACUCUCCUGACCAUUAUAUGAAUAUGGCUACUAACAUGUGUAAAGCUAAUCCCGAUUAUUAUGAUAUUGAUUAAUAUGAUAACCCUUUAAAUCCUCUUGCUUACUAUAACUCCCUAGGACCAGAAAUCUGGAAUUAAACUUCAGGUAAUAUUGAUUAUUUCGUUGCUGCUGGUUCUACUGGAGGUACUAUUUCUGGAACUUCUAAAUAUCUUAAGGAGGUAAGCGAAGGAAGAGUUUAGACUGUUUUAGCUGAUCCUUAUGGCAGUGUCUUUUACCAAUAUUGGAAGACUCGUGAACUUAUUACUCCUGGAAAGUUCUAAGUAGAAGGUGUAGGUAAAGAUACUAUUCCUCUUGCUAUGGAUAUUGAUUUAAUUGAUCAAUGCGUAUAAAUGGACGAUAAGACUGCUUUUGAAACCUGCUAUAAACUUACAAAGUUUGAAGGUUUGAUGGUUGGCGGUAGUUCUGGUUUGAACGUAGCAGCAGCUCUCAAAUUAGCUUCUACUUUAGAUGGACCUGCAACUAUUGUGACUGUUUGCCCAGAUGCUGGUGUUAAAUACCUUUCUAAAAUAUAUAGCCAAGCUUGGCUUGAAUAAAAUGGAUUCGAAGGAAUUAACAAUCCUCAACUUGAAGACAUUAAAUAAUGA